CGCGGCGCCGCCCCCUCACUCGGCCGGCGGGGCGCGACAUGGCGGCGGCGCUGCUGCUGUUUCUGGCGGUGCUGCUGGAACCGGCGGCCGCCGUGUGGCCGCAGCCCCAAGCCCAGCGCUCCCCGCCGGGCGGCGGCCGCUGCCCGCUGGCUCCUCGCCGGUUCCGCUUCGGCUCGGCCGCCGGCUCCGCCGUGGGGCCGGGCUGCGCCGUGCUGGAGGCGGCUUUCCAGCGGUACUGGGCGCUGCUAUUCGCCGCCGCCCGCCCGACCGAGAACGAACAGCCCUGGGGGACACCCUGCACUCAGCUCCUCGUCUUUGUCGCCACGCCGGGCUGCGAUGGGUUUCCCAGCCUGGACUCCAAGGAAGGCUAUAAGCUGUCCGUCUCGGAAGGCUCCGUCCUGCUUUCUGCAGAUAGCGUCUGGGGAGCUCUGAGAGGCCUGGAGACGUUCAGCCAGCUCGUUGGGAGAGAUGAGAAUGGCACGUACUACAUCAACGAGACAGAAAUCGUGGAUUUUCCCCGCUUCCCUCACCGGGGCCUGUUGCUGGACACGUCUCGUCACUACCUGCCUCUGAGAGCCAUCCUGGAAACUCUGGACGUCAUGGCUUACAACAAGUUCAAUGUGUUUCAUUGGCACAUUGUGGAUGACCCAUCUUUCCCUUAUGAGAGCUUGACCUUCCCAGAGCUCAGCAAGCAGGGAGCUUUCAACCCCAUGAGCCACGUGUACACAGCCAGCGACGUGCAGACGGUGAUCGAGUAUGCCCGGCUGCGCGGCAUCAGAGUCAUCGCGGAGUUCGACACUCCCGGGCACACGCUCUCCUGGGGUCCGGGUGCUCCAGGCCUCCUGACUCCCUGUUAUUUGGGCAAGGAUCCUUCUGGGACAUACGGACCCAUCAACCCUGUCCUUAACAGCACCUACCAGUUCGUGGCCGAUUUGUUUCAGGAGGUCAGCGCUGUGUUCCCAGACUUCUUUCUUCACCUCGGUGGCGACGAGGUGGACUUCACGUGCUGGAAAUCAAAUCCAAAAAUUCGUGACUUCAUGAAGGAGAUGGGCUUUGGUGAAGAUUACAAAAAACUGGAGUCGUUCUACAUCCAGAGGCUUCUGGACAUCAUCUCAUCCCUCGGCAAAGGUUAUAUUGUGUGGCAGGAAGUGUUUGACAACGAAGUGAAGGUGAGGCCAGACACCAUCAUCCACGUGUGGAAGGAGAAAGGCACGCCGUACAUGGAGGAGAUGGCCAAUGUCACCAAGGCUGGCUACCGGGCUCUGCUCUCUGCCCCCUGGUACCUCAACCGCAUCUCCUACGGGCAGGACUGGAUAGCGGCUUACCAGGUGGAGCCCUUGAAGUUUGAAGGCAGCCCCGAGCAGAAGGAGCGGGUGAUCGGCGGAGAGGCGUGCAUGUGGGGCGAGUACGUGGACGUCACUAACCUGGCUCCCAGGCUCUGGCCGAGAGCUGGGGCUGUAGCUGAAAGACUGUGGAGCAACGCGACUGUCAGGGACCUGAAAGACGCCUACGCACGGCUGGCCGCGUUCCGCUGCACGCUGCUUGGGCGCGGUGUCCAGGCACAACCCCUCUACGUGGGAUACUGUGAAAAUGAAUUUGGCGGGUUUUGACGCUUGAGUCCCACUGCCCUUGAUCACUCUGCACGCAGGCGGAACCAUUUCCCUCUCUUCAAAGCCACUGGCUUGGCUAAGGGACCCUCUCCCACCCCAGCUUCUGCUCAUGCUUCGUUGCAAUGAACUUAUUUUUUUUCCCUUAGUGUGCACUCUUUGCCUCUUUUUCUAUUUUUAUUUCUUUAAAUCUAUAAAUAAAUGACCCUAAAGAGGAAAAAAGUGCUUUUUCAUGCUCAGCUGGGGCUUGGGAGACAGUGCAAGGGUUUUUGUCAGAUGGGUAGGGCUUGCUCCAGAGAUGCAGGUUGAGGAGCAUCGUCUCCAAGGGGGCUCUGGAGCUGCAGAAAGACACCCUGAAGCCUCCCCAGGAGACCUGGAUGUUCUCUGGGUGUUAUGGAGCCACCACUCGGGAUCUGGCCAACUCAUCCGUCCUCUUCCUCUGUCGGAAACCCCAUCCAGGUGGAAUGGGGGGACCUGUCCAGGAGAAAUCCUGGCUGGUGGGACUGCUGUAUAUAUUUUGGUCUUAAAUGAGUGAAAUCCACGGUUAUGGCUGGAAACCUUUUUCUAUGGGACUUCAAAUUUAAAAUAUUGAAUUGACUUUGAAUUAAAAAUACUCAGAACUUG